AUGUCGGAGGAAGCCGACCGACGAGCGCGGCAGCAACGGCCGCUCCCCGUCCCGAUCAUCCCCGUCGUGCUCUUCCUUGCCGCGCCGUUCGCCCUCUUCCUGUUCACGUCGUCCGACUUGCAGCUGCAGCUCCCCCGCAUCCGCAUCGAGUACGACCGCCGCGACGCCCCCGCCAUCAGCGCGCCCACGGCCGAGCGCACGCCGCCGCCGUAUCCGGUUCCGGGCGCCGACAGCGACGAGGAGCGAUGGCUCGGCCCGCCGCCGCGCCAGCUGACGGACCCGCCCUACUCGCUCGGCGCAGCCGUGUCGGACUACGACGCGCGCAGGGCGAAGUGGCUCCGCGCCAACCCGCGGUUCCCGGCCUUCGUCGCGCCGGGUAGGCCCCGGGUGCUCGUGGUCACCGGGUCGCCGCCGCGCCGGUGCGGGAACGCGGACGGCGACCACUUGCUCCUCCGCGCGUUCAAGAACAAGGUCGACUACUGCCGCGUCCACGGCUUCGACGUAUUCUACAGCAAUGCCGUGCUCGACGCCGAGCUGUCGGGGUUCUGGACCAAGCUGCCGAUCCUUCGCGCGCUGAUGCUCGCGCACCCGGAGACGGAGUUCCUGUGGUGGGCGGACUCCGACGUCGUGUUCACCGACAUGCUGUUCGAGCCGCCGUGGGGCAAGUACGCCGAACACAACCUUGUCAUCCCCGGCUGGCACGAGAAGGUGUACGUCGCCAAGAGCUGGCUCGGCAUCAACGCCGGCAGCUUCAUCAUCCGCAACUGCCGGUGGUCGCUCGACCUGCUGGACGCGUGGGCUCGCAUGGGCCCGCGCGGCCCCGUGCGCGACAGGUACGGGAAGGUCCUCGGCAAGGCGCUCUCCGACCGGGCGUCGUACGAGGCCGAUGACCAGUCGGCGCUCGUGUACCUGCUCGUGACGCAGCGCGGCAGGUGGGGCGGCAAGACGUUCCUCGAGAGCUCCUACAGCCUGCACGGCUUCUGGGUGGAGAUCGUGGACAGGUACGAGGAGAUGAGGCGGCGGCACCGGACGACGCCGGUCGCCGGAGGAGAACGGUGGCCGCUGGUGACGCACUUCGUCGGGUGCAAGCCGUGCGGGGGGCAGUACGCGAGCUACGACGCCGCGCGGUGCCGCCACGGCAUGGAGCGCGCGCUCAACUUCGCCGACGACCAGAUCCUGAGGCUGUACGGGUUCGAGCACGAGUCGCUCAACACCACAGCCGUGCGGCGCGUCCAGAACGACACCGGCGGGCCGCUGGACGAGGAGAUCGGCCGGCUCUUGCACCCGGCGUUCAGGGCGGGCAGACCCAGGUGAUUCACGUACAGGUUUUAGUUAAUUUGGAGUUCAUAUUACAGGGGGAAAUUAA